CCGCCACUGGAUGGUGCGUCAGGAGCGCAUCCAGGACGGCUCCGGGGCUUCCCUUGUGUCUGAUGGAGACGGGCUGAGGAGGAGAGCAGGUCCAGCCGGAGAUCAGGUCCAGCAUCCUGCGGGAAGGACUCCUGUCCUCUGCUGCAGCUGGAAGCCGCGGAGCGGGGGACACGGCGGAGAUCCUCCAUCACCAGAACCUUCCUUGCAUCUCCUCCAGGACGUGUCGCUGGGAUUGGGUUUUGUCAUGCACGCUCCCGAGACCGUGUAGUUCAUCUGCUCAAGAGACGCGUGCACAAGUGCCUUGUGCUUUUGUCUGUGUGCACUCUUCACGUGUGGAGAUGGGCUCAGUGGGCGCAGAGCACCGCAGGCCCACGCCGGCCCAGAUGCCGGAGGAGAGGGAUGUGUGGAGGGAUGGAGUAAAAGGAGGAUGGAGAGAGGCUGGGAGGGAGGGCUGGAGAGAGGGAAGAGAGGGUGGCGUGGUGCAGAGCUACAGCUUCGAUUCGUACCAGCUGGAGGAGGAGGAGAGCAGUAAAGACGCCCCGGAGCGAGGAGUGCUGGCUCUGUCCGAACCCGACUUUGAAGAGCCGAUCCCUGACGACCGUUACCAUGGCAUCUACUUUGCGAUGCUGUUGGCUGGAGUUGGUUUCCUGCUUCCCUACAACAGUUUCAUCACUGAUGUAGACUACCUGCACCAGAAGUUUAAAGGAACAUCUAUUGUGUUUGACAUGAGUCUGACGUACAUCGUGGUUGCUCUGUUGGCCGUCAUCCUCAACAACGUGCUGGUGGAGAGACUCAGCAUGCACACCAGGAUUACUGUAGGUUACAUCUUGGCCCUGGGACCACUUAUCUUUGUCAGCGUGUUUGAUGUCUGGCUGCAAAAGUUCACAACCAAACAAGCGUAUGUCGUCAACCUUUUCUCAGUGGGAGUGGUGGCCUUCGGAUGCACAGUGCAGCAGUCCAGUUUCUAUGGUUACAUGGGGAUGUUGCCAAAGAGGUAUACACAGGGGGUGAUGACUGGAGAAAGCACUGCUGGGGUGAUCAUCUCGCUGUCCCGCAUCUUCACCAAGCUGCUCAUCACGGACGAGAACAAGAACACGCUCAUCUUCUUCCUGGUGUCCAUCAGUAUGGAGAUGCUGUGCUUCCUGCUCCACCUGGUCGUGCGUCGCUCGCGAUUCGUCCGCUACUACACCAGCCACGCCCAUGGCAGCGGCCCGGCCAAGUGUCACGACCCGCGGGACAACGGGACUGCGUACAGGGUCCACCACGAUGUCACCACAGAGGAAGUAAGAUUUGGAAACGGCCGGGCGGGCCCAGCGUCCACUGAGGAGGUUCUGGAGGACAUCGUUGGUGGCACCUACGUGCGCUUUGAUGCCCCAAAAGCCAAAAUAAGGAGGAGCUGGCCCGGUCUUCGGGACAUGAUCCUGCAUCGUUACGUGGUCUCCCGUGUGAUCUGGGCCUACAUGCUGUCCAUCGCCGUGACCUACAGCAUCACUCUGUGUCUGUUCCCGGGUCUGGAGUCGGAGAUACGCAACGACACUCUGGGCGAGUGGCUGCCCAUCCUCAUCAUGGCCACGUUCAACAUGUCCGACUUCGUUGGCAAGAUCCUGGCGGCGCUGCCGUUCGACUGGACCGGAGGCCGCCUGCUCUUCUUCUCCUGCCUGAGGGUGGUCUUCAUCCCCCUGUUUGUCAUGUGCGUGUAUCCGGCCAACGCACCCAUGCUGUCCCAUCCCGCCUGGCCGUGCUUCUUCUCGCUCCUCAUGGGAGUCACCAACGGAUACUUUGGGUCUGUGCCGAUGAUCCAGGCUGCUGGCAAGGUUCCUCCUGAGCAGAGGGAGCUGGCAGGGAACACUAUGACGGUCUCCUACAUGACAGGAUUGAUGGUUGGCUCCGCCGUGGCAUACGCGGCCUACAGCUUCACCGCUCCGGCGGCAGGAUUCACGCUCAGCGCACACGCCCCUUACAAUAGUACGGGGUUUUGAGUGUUUGCGUAAUAAAAACAAACACAGACGCAUAAAUCCAGCAUGACCAGGCCUUUGAGCUCGCAGCAACUGACAGAUGCAACUCCUGCUGCAGAGGACGAGAGGAUGAGAGGACGAGCAGACAUUUAGCAUCAGAGAAUAACAUUUACAACAACAUUUCUCAUCUCCCUGGCGCUCCGGCGAGGUGAGGCAGUGACUUCCAAGGGUCCGCUGUGAUGAACUUCCCCCGGAGAGCCGAGCAGGAGUCGUGCACCUGCCAGCGGGCCGACAGCAGCCCCGUGAGAGUCACGCAGUGAAAUUAGUCUGCAUGUGAGUGAACAGAUUGUCUGACAUUUGUGAGGUGUAAAGUCCAGUUGUAUUUUUGCUUCAAGGAGCCACCUCUCCUGGUUUAAAGGAGACGCUUGUGUCAAAAGUCACACAUGUUGCAUUUCAUGGUGUUUCAGAGCUGGUAAAUCUAGACAUGUGAGGUUUAGAGCAGGUGCUCAGAUGAAAAGAUAAUAUUUUUUCGACAACAUCCAUUUAUGGUGAUUUUAUUUCCUUAAAUCCUUCAGAAUCCUCUGACUGCACUAGAAACAGUGAUGUUUAGGGGAAAAAUGUUCAUGCAUCUCUAGCUAGUGAAUAUGUGAGGACGUUUGAUAUAGAUAUGAUGGUAAAUAUUUGAAUUUGACCAUUUUGUUUUUUUACAAAAAGACACCCUUGAUGUAGGAGACGAUGUAGGAGACUCCUCUGGUUAUAAAAUCUUACUAAACGUCAUCAGAAUAUAAAUACAGGUCUUUCACAUUAAUUCAUAACAUUGGUUUUCUUUUGCUUUCACAAGAUUCUGUCCACAUCUGUAACAUUUACGUACAGCUGUGCAAUUUUAUGGAAUAACAUUUAUGUCAAAAAGUUACAUUUUGGAGCAGCACGGUGGCCUCGUCGUUAUCACUGUUGCUUCACAGCCAGGAGGUUCCUGGUGUGAAGCGACUGGGGGAGACUCUGCACUGCAAGAACUCAAACUCUUAACAAGAAUAUUUGUCUUAUAGCAGCACCGUCCACUCAUCAAGGGUUUAUACAGAAGUACAAAUCAGAUUUUAGAGUCCAAUAGACCCUGGUUAUCAAAAAUGGGUUGAAACGUUGAAAAAAAAACGCUCAUCUGGGAAAGAGGAGGUGACAGUUUUGCCCCUCAGCAUCGAAUCUUGAAUCCUAUUGGCGGAAGAAUUUUGACCGGUUCACUUCAUAACAAUCCGAGCAUGAGAAGAAAAGAAAUCCACAAUGUUUCAUGAGUGCAAGACAUGAAACACUUCACCAAGGUGAACCUGAGUGCCCAGAUUCGGCUUCCAAGUUCUAAGGGCAGUUUGUUUUUAAGUCAGAAUAACUGAGCAAACGUCCUCAUGAGCAGUUUUAUUUACGAACCUGCUUGUAUGGAUAUUUUAUUGCUCCCUAAAGAUUUGACAUAAAUGUGAUUCCAUUCAUUUAGUCUCAGAUUAGCUUAAUUCACUAAAUAAUCUACAUUUUUUUAGUGAAAGGGAGUUUGACAGGAAGGAAAAGCCAAGCAGAUAAUAAUUACAUCGGUUUUCACAUCUGUUUGCAUCUUCAGACCGUAAAAAAAAUGAAUAUGUUUUGCAUGUUAGUCAGUGUUUGCAAUGUUUUACUAUCACAAAACUAGUAAAAAAGAUGACCUGAUUUCCAAAUGGCAUGAAGUUGAAGAAGACACAUUUCUUUCAAAUUUUAAACACAGAUAAAUGCUAUUUUUGCAGAUUUAAAAUAACAAGAGCCCGACACCCGCUAUGACAUGUGCCAAUUUGAUAAAGUCUUUUUAGUGAUAGAAAUCAGAUGACCAACAAAUGAGAAAUAUUCUGUUUCAUUAUCUUGUUGCAGAAGCGUCCUCCUCUCAGUGCCAUGGUCGGGUGUCUUCAUAGUUGGAGAGCCGAUCUUUUCAUAAAAUUCUUCUCCAAGAAGAUUUUACAUAAACUUUCUCAUUAAACCGCAGUUUAACGUUGUUUCCAAAAUCCAUCUGACUUGUGGAGAAGUCACAUCUUAAACUGCAGUGACUUGUCUUAAACACAUAAUAUAUAAUACAUAACCAGCUGCCCGAGAACACUGCAUAUCUUCUUACAUUUUACAGCUUUGAAGACAUCAAGUAUUUGAGUUUUGGAAGAGAUAUUUGCACCAGUUCACCAGUUGGUGACAAACUGUACCUCCCGAUGCUAAAACCCGUCCGGGUGCAUGAAGUUUUUGAAAAUCAACCUAAUUCACUAUUCCUGCUUAAAAUGUUGAGAAUAAUGUUUCAUCUCUGACUUAAAGUCACUGUAUGUAGUAAUCCCACUUGUGACCACAUGCAUCAUGUCACAACAAAGUUCAUGCUCUGCCAUAAGACAAAAAGACGUGAACCUCUAGUGGGAGAAAAGGUUAUUGCAAGACGCACUCAAGUGAACUGUAUUGUCACUGGCUCUUCUGUCAACAAACCCGGUCUGUACGCCCCCAUGUGGUCAGAAGUGGUAUUGCUACAGAGAGUGUAUUUAAUGUCUUUGGAGAUAAUUGUAUCUUCUUCCUGUUUGGAUUGAUGUGUCACUGUGUUUAGCAGAGGAGGUGCAGCGAGAAUGUUACUCGUGUAAUGUUUUUCUGAAAAGAUGUCCGCCCCCUCUUUGUCGUCUGAACAGUUUCUGUGUUUAAUAUCAGUGAAAUAAUGAAGUGAAAAAAAAAAAAAAAUAUAUAUAUAUAUAUAUAUACAUAAUUUGUGCCAAAAAAAAGCCUGGUCCUUAGAAAAAUAAAAAAGGGAAUGUAAAAUUGUAAAUAUGUAGAAAGAAAUACACUCAAUGCAGUAAAGAGCUUUUAUUUUAACUAUUGCAAAGCUUCUGGAAACAAAGAGGUUCAUAUGUUUUUAUAGAUUUACCUCCCAUUUCCACCUUCCUGUUGGGCCAGAUACAUUUUUCAUUGCCCAGAAGGUCAGCAGAGUUCAGAGUUUAUGCAUUAGGAGGGUAAAAAAAACAGGCCUUGGUGCAGAAAGCCAUAAAACGCUCUGCAUUAUGUAGGUGAUGGAGCUAAUCUCUGCUGUGAACAGCUGAAGGAUGGUGGGGUGCCAUGUGGGAGCUACCCUCAUUACUGUAUGUAUGUCCCGCUGUUGUCAAAGCACUAUAUUUCCUGAGGCUCCGCGGUGAGCCACCGACGCUGAGGGUGUUUUUAGUUAUUUUUGGUCAGAUGUGUCAGUAAAGGACAUGGAAAGUCUAUUUCCUUCCCUCUGGCAGCACAGACGGGCUUUUGUGGGAGAGGGGCUAUCCCUCCUUCCAGUAAAUGCAUUUUUAACAAGUUGUUUGGUAGAUUCACACCUCAAGGAAAUCUAGUUGCUUGCAGUGAGUCGGCCCAGAGCAUCACUCUCCCGUUUAGAAAACAAGUCUGAAGCCAGUAGACAUUUGUUGGACUUUUCCAAGACGGAUAAUUGGACUCAGUUGGUGCAUGACGCUGCUGUAAAACUGCGAAGGGUCAUCUUUUGGGAAAAGAAAGCUUUAGAAAGCCUUAAAGACGCCAGGACGGCAGGAACAGGCGGGUGUUGAUGCCCUAAACCAGGUUCAGUGUCUGAUGUAACUCUGAGCAUCAAAGCAAGUCGAAUUUUAAAGUGUUGUCUUCACCCCAGAGGCGGAUGAUUUCACCAGCUCUGCAGGCGAAUACAUUAAUGAGCAGAAGAGAAGGAGAGCUGUUUACGCAGAGGUGACACUUGUGACGAGUUUGAGAAAAACGUUCUUGAAAAUGUGAUAUAAUGCAUAAAACAGGAGGGUGAAGCAACACCGGGUAAUCGCGUGGCGCAGCAGGCUAAAGACAGUUAAAGCGGGGAUGUUCUGGGCUCUGAAGGUGACUCUCAGAGCUCCACUCUACGUGUCACCGGCUGCCUGUCAGCCCACCCUGGAACUUCUGGGUGCCGCUUUUAAAUUCCCCUCUAACCUGAGCUAACGCUCAUUUCCUCGCUUCUAAAAGCAGAAGCUUUCAUCACAAACACUAAACAUGUGACUGCACACUGUGAAAUAUAAUGACGGUAUAAAAUAGACGCCACAUACACAUACUAUGUAUAUAGUGUAUGAAUACCUCCUGUAACAUAUUUUGCAGAUGACAUUAAAAGAAUAACUUAGGCCCACUGAGGAUCUUCUACUGGGUACAAAUAAAGUUGCAGGGAGAUACAUUUCUGGGGCCAAAAACGUGUGAAAGCUGGGUGUCCAACCCAUCGGGUUCUUCUGACUAACUCUGCCUGCUUUCAAACUGGAAACAUUCAGCGCUUCAUCCUAUUAACACAUUUUAAAAAAUACUUAUACAAAGCUGAAAACAUGACUGAUAUAAUCCACCCACGUAUGUACAUUAAUGAAUAAUGGUGUUGGGGGAAAAAAUUAAACACUGUUGAGCUGCAAGUGUGUAUUAUUUUAUUUGUUCUUCAGAUUUCUGUCUGUUUAGGCUUGUAACAUAAAUCUAAUAAAACAGCUCUUCUGUC